GGAUUUUUAAUUGGAGAAAAGCACAGUGUAACUACGCAAACUGUGAGUGAUGCAGAAAUGGAAGAAGAAAAAAUUGAAACCACCAUAAACGUUAAUGGAACUUUUCCUGUGGGACUCCCAGUACUACUUUGUAGUCCUCUAGGCAGAAUUGAUGAAGUCUCAUUGAAAGAGAUGCUCGAGAGCUGUGAAAAGGAUGUGUUGGGGUGGUACAGUUUUAGAAGAAAUUCAAACCAUCGACCUACAAUGCGCGAAACCAUACUUCACAAAGAACUGUGCAAGACAUUCACUCACAUUAUUCCUCAGUGCUUUUUGUUUUGUGUAAUCACAACAUCAGAUAAUGAUGGAAACGCCACUUACUCUCAUAAGUUUACAUUUUCAACGUUCAACCGAAGGAGGUUCAUCCCUGUGUCCGUGGUGCAGACUAAUCUUGGAGAGGCUGAGGACAUCAACUACAGCAGAAACACUGUUGUAGACUCCUCCUUUACACAUCUACAGCAAGUGCUUCACUCCCUCAAUGGAUUAAGUAGCUCAAAAAAUGCUAUGGACACAUUACAUGUUGAAAUGAAUAAACAUGUAGAUGUUUUGGAACAGAAUGUGUCCAGAUUGCAGGCUGAAGUAGACUCCUACAUACACAGAAUUACUACUUCAAAUCAUAGCUUGAGUGUAGUGGAACAGAAAAGCUUAAGAAGAGAUCAUAACAUUCCUUCAACGUCAGCCAAGUUGUCUGCGGAUGAGCUCUCUGUGGAAUACUGACCUUGGCUCCUCUACAUUCAUCUGUUACCUCAGCAGUGUUACACUCAUUCAUUUUGUACAGUGGACCUUUGUUAUGAAAACGAAAACAUUAAUAAUAUAAGUGACCCAAAUAUGUUACAACAGUGUAUAUUUAUUAACAUUGUGGCCUUUAAAAUUAUACUUAGUUGAAAUAUU